CCGGCCAAGAGCCGGGCUGGCUAGGAGAGCGGAGCCCAGGGCUCCAGCUAGGAAGCCACAAACCCACAAACAGGGCCACCUGCUGAGACCCCUGCUGGCCCCAUAAGCCUUCUGGGAACGAGGAGGCAUUUGGUCUCCCUUCUUCCCUGAUUCUGUGCCUCCCCCACAGAGCACACGAUGCCGCCCUCAUUGGUGGCCAACAGGGUCUCCCUCCGGGAGCUAGCUGACCUGGCAAUUGGCACUCCAGAGGUGGGCGCGGUGAACUUUACGGCCUUGCACACACUGAUAGUAGCUAUUCUCAAGAGCCUCAACCUCCAAGAAGUACUUAUCGACUUCCGCUACCCAUCGACUGAGACUGGCCGCGGAGCUGAGUCGCUGCAUGACACCCACAGUGCCCCGCAUUUGUCAACCAGCAAAGAGAAGCACCGGAGUCUACCUAGGCUGUCACAGACUCCACAAGAGCUAGAAAACCAGGUGAAGGACUUGGGUAACCAGGUACUGGACCUCACCAAACAGUUUAAAACUAUAGACGACAAAGUACAGGGCAUGGCCACACAAAUAGACCAGAUCUCAGUCCCUGAACUCCAGCAGGAAGAGGAGAUAGCUCUGAUGACCCAACAGAUAUCCCUAACAAAGUUCUCCAAGAUCUAUGAAUCUGAGGAGAUGAUGGAGAAGCCUGAGCCCACAGUCAAGAUGUCCACAGAGAUGGUACAACUAAAGCCCUCAAGGACUCCCAGCCUGACCACGCCCAGGAGUGUGCUCCAAGACCUCAUAGAAGAUGUGAAAAUUCUGAAGCAGGCUCCUGAGCUGCAGGAACUCCUUCAACGUUUUAAUGAACUGGAGAAGCUAGUUAAAAGCCGAGAAGAAUACCUGGAUCUAUUAAGUCGGAGGCUGAAUCUUCUUGCUCCGGGUGGUGAAGAAAUCACCAUGGUCACCUGGGAAGAGCUAGAACAAGUGAUUGGUGAUGGCUGGAGGGCCUCCAAAGGGAGCUCGGAUUCGUCCACAGCAACAGUUGGCAAACACAAAUUUACCUCAAGUGACCUCUUUCCGAGUGGAAUGUUUCUCAGGGCUGCUGACCAGGCUCUGGAUUCCACUGGUGGUAUAGAAAGAGUCUCCAGCAGAGAUCAAAGCAGAUCUACUACUGCAUUUCGGGAUAUGGCCCGUGAGCCAUCCCAGGUCAUAUCCGAGACAGAUCGCCAGACAUAUGCAAGAAGAGAUGAGCAACUCCCUGGUCAGACUCAACGUGGUGGGAUACCCAGGACGGAACCACUUGGCAUGGAUCAGCCUAGACUGAUAGACUCUGUGAUGCCCAUCACUACGGGUCAGUUUGGUGUAAAGCCCCCCGAAAUGUAUGGCCAGGAAUCGGUACCUGUUGAUAAAGCUCAGAGUGGUGGGCUGCCACCAUCAGGACCUGACAGGGAACUGAAAAAACUGAGUACAAUCCAGCUUGGUAUAGUUCCACCUAGCACAUAUCAGCAAGGCAUGAUGCUUCCUGGAAUGGACCGAGAGGGCAUGGAACAGGGUGCUAUGCGUGACAGUGGUCAGGGACCAUGGCCCACGGCUCAGCAAGGGUUGACAGCAGUAGGCGUAGAUCAGCAUGGAUUGCCGAUACCAGGCACAGGCCAGCAAGGACCGCCCCCACAUCAUAUGGAUCAGCGGGGACUGGUAGCACCUGGUACAGACCAACGUGCGUUCUCUCCAUCUCGUUCAGAUGAACGUACCUUGGUGUCACUUGAUUUGAUGCAAGUUAGUACUGAUCAACAAGGUUUUAGACAGUCCAGCUUAACGUCACGCUUUGUACAACCUGGUGCAGAACAGCUCAGGUUAGAGCAGCGUGAUGUAGCACAGCCUGGUUUAGAUCGGCGCAGUUCAGUGCCUGUAGGGACAGAACGGCGGGCUUCAUUGCAGGCUCUUGCAGAGAAACGUAGUUCAGUGCCCAUUGAGGUAGAACGGCAGAGUCUGGCACAGUCUAGGUCAGGUCAGCAAGGUUUGGGACAACCUAGCGCAGUUUGGGGUGGUUUGAUACAGCCUGGCACAGACCAACAUUUGGUGCCUCCUGGUGUAGGUCAGCCUAGCUUGAUUCAACCUGGUGCAUUUCCACUUAGUUUGGCACAACUUGGUGCAGAUCAGCAAGGUCUCAUACAAACAGACACAGGGCAGCCUGUUUGGGUUCAACCAAGCACAGAUCAGAGUGGCGGGGUACAGCCUGGUGCAUAUCUGCCCGGUUGGGUACAGCCUAGUAUAGAUCAACGCGAUUUAGUACAAGUUGGAAUGGAUCAGCAGGAGCUGAAACAACCUGGUGCAGUUCAGCACGGGCUGGUGCAGCCAGGUGCAUAUGCAGCUGGGUUGAUGCAAGUUGGUGCAAGUCAGGAUAGUUUGCUUCAACCGGGAAUGGACCAGCGUGCUCUGGUACAGCCUGGUACAGACUGGAGUUUGGUGCAGCCUGGUGUAGAUCAGCUUGAUAUGGCACAACCACGUGGAGUUCUGCCUGGCAUGGUCCAACCAGGUGCAGUUCAGCCUGGCGUGUUGCAACCAGGUGCAGUUCAGCCUGGUGUGUUGCAACCAGGUGCAGUUCAGUCUGGUGUGUUGCAACCAGGUGCAGCUCAACCUGGCUUGGUCCAGCCAGGUGCAGCUCAGCCUGGCAUGGUCCAGCCGGGUGCAGUUCAGCCUGGCAUGGUCCAGCCGGGUGCAGUUCAGCCUGGCAUGGUCCAGCCGGGUGCAGUUCAGCCUGGCAUGGUCCAGCCGGGUGCAGCUCAGCCUGGCAUGGUCCAGCCGGGUGCAGUUCAGCCUGGCAUGGUCCAGCAGGGUGCAGUUCAGCCUGGCGUGUUGCAAACAGGUGCAGUUCAGCCUGGUGUGUUGCAAGCAGGUGCAGUUCAGCCUGGCAUGGUCCAGCUGGGUGCAGUUCAGCCCGGUGUGUUGCAAGCAGGUGCAGUUCAGCCUGGCAUGGUCCAGCCGGGUGCAGUUCAGCCUGGUGUGUUGCAAGCAGGUGCAGUUCAGCCUGGCAUGGUCCAGCCGGGUGCAGUUCAGCCUGGCAUGGUCCAGCCUGGUACACUUCCUACUGGUUGGGGGCAGCCUGUUGCGUACUCACUUGGCUUGGGCCAACCUGGUAUAGGUCAGUAUGGUUUGGUUCAGCCAAGAGAUGAUCGAUAUGGUUUUGUGCAGCCCGGUGUAGCACGUGGUUUACUCCAACCUAGUGACAGUCAGCGUGCUUUGAUGCAACCUGGAGUGGGUCAAGUUGAGUGGAUACAACCUGGAAUGAGUCGUCGUGAUUUAGUACAAUCUGGUGCAGACGAGAGUGUUUUAGCCCAAGGUGGGAUGGCUCAGCAGGGUUUGGUACAACCUGGCAUAGCCCGGCAGGGUUUGGCACAACCUGGCAUGGCCCGGCAUGGUGUGGUACAACCUGGCAAGGCCCGGCAUGGUGUGGCACAUCCUGGCAAGGCCCGGCCUGGUGUGGCACAACCUGACUUGGCACAACCUGGAGCACCUAGUGAGGACAAGUUUGGCUUGGCACAGCCUAUAGUGGACCAGAGUGCUUUUAUGCAGCCUGGCAUGGACCGGCGUGGCUUGGUACAACCUAGAAUGUACCAGCAUGGUUUUGUGGAACCUUCUGAUCUUCAGCGUAACUUCUUCCAACCCAGAGGAGUUCCGCCUAGGCUAGUCCAGCCUGUCGUGGAUCAGGGUGGUCUGCUGCAGGCUGGACUGGCUCAGUCUAGGAUGGUGCAGCCUAUCACGGAUCAGAGUGGCCUGGUGCAGCCUAUCACAGAUCAGAGAGGCCCGGUGCAGCCUGAAACUCUUCAGCCUAGGCAGAUGCAGGCUGGUACUAGUCGUCGAGGCCUGGUGCAGGCUCUCCUGACUCCAUAUGGCCUGAUGCAGCCAGGUGCAGCUCAACUUGGUUUGGUGCAGCCUGGCAUGGAGCAGCUAGGGGAAGAAAGACGUGGCUUACUGCAGCCUGGCAUGGAUCAGCCUGGCUUGUUGCAGCCUGGGGCAGAUCAGCCUGGUUUGUUGCAGCCUGGGGCAGAUCAGCCUGGUUUGUUGCAGCCUGGGGCAGAUCAGCCUGCCUAG